AAAGACUGUGUCGGGUCUGGUCUCAACGGCCUGGUCUAGAGUAGUCGCUCUAUAUGACAUCCACUGCCCCGGAAUUCUGCCAAGCCGGGGGUGGAUUGGGCGAACGAGCCUAGGAAGCCCCCGCCCUUCCCUGCUGCUCAGCGUCACGCGUGACGUCCCGGUGAUGGAUGGGAGGAAAGCAAAGAGCUGUGAGGAAGGCGGGUCUGAGAGCUGCUAGAGGCUGAAAACCCCGGAAAGCAAGAUGGGGGACUUGCGCUUAGAUAUCAACAUCCAGGAACCUCGAUGGGACCAGAGCACAUUCCUAGGCAGAGCCCGGCACUUCUUCACGGUUACUGACCCUCGAAAUCUGCUGUUGUCCGGGGACCAGCUGGAAGCUUCCCGCAACAUCGUGCAGAAUUACAGGGCUGGUGUGGCAACCCCAGGGCUCACUGAGGACCAGCUGUGGAAAGCCAAGUAUGUGUACGACUCUGCCUUCCAUCCAGACACAGGGGAGAAGGUGGUCUUGAUUGGCCGCAUGUCAGCCCAGGUGCCCAUGAACAUGACCAUUACUGGCUGCAUGCUCACCUUCUACAGGAAGACUCCGACUGUGGUGUUCUGGCAGUGGGUGAACCAGUCCUUCAACGCUAUUGUGAAUUACUCCAAUCGCAGUGGGGAUGCUCCCAUCACCGUGCGGCAGUUGGGAACAGCCUAUGUGAGUGCCACCACUGGGGCUGUGGCCACUGCUCUGGGACUCAAAUCUCUCACCAAGCACCUGCCCCCACUAGUCGGCCGAUUUGUACCCUUUGCAGCUGUGGCCGCUGCCAACUGCAUCAACAUCCCCCUGAUGAGGCAGAGGGAGCUGCAGGUGGGCAUCCCAGUGACGGAUGAGGCAGGUCAGAGGCUUGGCCACUCGGUGACUGCUGCCAAACAGGGAAUCUUCCAGGUGGUGAUAUCGAGAAUCGGCAUGGCAAUUCCUGCCAUGGCCAUUCCCCCAGUGAUCAUGAACGCUCUGGAGAAGAAAGACUUCCUGAAGCGCCGCCCCUGGCUGGGGGCUCCCCUGCAGGUGGGACUGGUAGGCUUCUGCCUGGUAUUUGCCACACCCCUGUGCUGUGCCCUGUUCCCCCAGAGAAGCUCCAUACACGUGACCAGGCUGGAGCCAGAGCUGAGAGCUGAGAUCCAAGCACAAAACCCCAGCAUCGAUGUGGUUUACUACAACAAGGGACUUUGAGGGGAGCCAGUCUCUGCCUUUUUCCUUACCUCCUUAGGCUGCUUCUUGGGUGCCACCUUACAAUGUUACCACUUGUUUAUCUUCCGGGUCAGGGGGCUUGAGGUGGGGAGCAGCCAAUGAGACCAGCAACCCCUUAGACUGGAGGAGGCAUCCCUAUAAGGCCCUUCUCUCCUCUCUGGUUCAAGUCACAAAACCAUCCUGUGUGUGCGCCCACCUACAUAAGCAACACAUGUAAGUGUUUUUCUAUUUGGUCCUGGAAGCCAAGAGCAGAUAGGCUGUUCUAGGAUGUCUUAAUAUUUGGCUUCCCUCGCUAGUCUCCUGCCCACCUAGCAGCAAGCCAGGUUAUAGAUGAUUCUUCCUUCCCUAAACUGUUUCUCUGGCCAGAACAUUUCCGAUAGCCCCUUACCCUUCUGGAUCCCAGAACACAGACUGAGGGCAACCAGCAAGCCAAACAGAACCUAAUCCUCCAGAAUCUGGGCUGGCAGUGUUAGGAUUAGGGAGGCAUGGGGCUCAUGCCUGCUGUGCCCCACAUCCUUGAAUGGCUCCCUUCCUCUCUUCUCUUCUAGAGGAAUGAACGGAUGUCGGUAGCCUGCACUGCCCUCCACACUGCGAUGCAGGUGCUUUUAGGAAUCGUUUUAGGCAUUCUUAGUCUGUUCUGAUGUCAUAACUCAAACAGAAAUCCCACAAUUCCAGUUCUUUCCCUAAUCAGGAAAUCACCCAGGCAGAACAAGCAUUCCCCUUCAGGAACGGCCACCACCCAAACCCACUUAUAGGGGGACUGAUGUGGAAAUGGUGCUUCAAACACAGGCAGGCCUCAAGCGUACAAUCUCAAGACAGGAAAUUCUGUGUUUCAUUGACUCUUCUUAGACAUUCACCACACCCCCACCUCAGCUCCUUCUUUUCCAGCUGUCAGUCUCCCUGGAAGAACUCGGGGCUUCACAUAUGCUACGCAAGUGCUCUACUACGGAGCUACCUCUCUCUCUCUCUCUCUCUCUCUCUCUCUCUCUCUCUCUCUCUCUCCCCUUUCUUUUCUUUC